AUGAUUUUGGUAAGUACAAAAAGUAAGAUGCCUCCGAAAAGUAACGUAUGGAAAUAUUUUAAUGAGACAACUGUAGUAACAGAUGAGGCUGCAAAUAUGUCCAAGGCCAUAGACAUUGCAUUUGGCAAAAAGAAGCAUUUACACUGCUUUGCUCAUCAGUUAAAUUUAGUUGCAGAAAAGUCAAGAAAAUCUGUAGAAGAACUGGGAAUCUUAAGUAGCAAAAUAAAAAGCAUUGUUACAUUCUUUAAGCAAAGUGUGCAUGCUAGUGAUGUGCUUCGUAAAGCUCAAAAGGAAGAAAAUGAACACAAAAAUCUUAAGCAGGAGAUGCCGACUAGGUGA